CAAUCUGGUGUUGCAAGGCCCGCUGCAUCAGUGUGGCUUUGCAGCGUGCUGUUAUUUUGAUCAUCGCCCUGGGGAAGUGGGCGGGUCUGGAAGUACUGUACCCAUUUGAAACUUGGGGAAACUGAGUCCCACAGAAAUUGGCUUCAACCGGAGAUGGGAACACAUCCGGACACCUUCACCCUGCUCAAACGUCGGGGUCGGGCCUGCGAUGGCCACAUGUUGUCCCCUGGGCCCUUGGUCACUCCCUCUCUCUGACCUUGAGACCUCUCCCCGAGCUGGUGGAGCGCAGACAGUUCCCGGCGACCUGCUCUGGGGACAGGUGAGCGUCUCACAGGGCCCCUCCUCCCUGGCGCCUCCCAGAUGUGUAGCAGGAAGCCCUGGAGGCCAUGCUCAGGCUCUGAACUGCCCUAGGUCUGUAGGCCGGCUGGGCAUGAGCCGCAGAUAUGGCCCAGCCGCCGGUCUUUGUCCUCAGUGUCCCUGAGACCCCAGAUGACCCAGAGGGCAGCCAGGAGCCCAGCCCCUACGAUGAGAGCGAGGUGCAUGACUCCUUCUACCAGCUCAUCCAGGAGCAGAGCCGGUGGGCGGCCGAGGAGGGGCUGGAGCUGCAGCAAAGGGAGCCGGGGCCUGGAGCCCUGGGGGCUUUAGGCGAUGACCACCAGGCUCUCCUGGGGCCCGAGGGUGUCCCCGUCCAUAGCAUGGCCACGCUCCGCAUCCUGGCCAGCAUGCCCAGCCGCACCAUUGGCCGGAGCCGCGGCGCCAUCCUCUCCCAGCUCUACAACCGCACGGUGCGGCUGCGCCGCCGGGCUGCCCGCCGGCCCCAGCUCAGGGACGUGGGCCGCUCCGCCCGGCCCAGCCUCCGCCUGUACGACCUGGAGCUGGACCCCCUGGUCCUGGAGGAGGAGGAGAAGCGGGUCCUCCUGGUGAAGGAGCUUCAGGGCCUGACAGUGGCCCAGCGGGACCAUGUGCUCCGGGGGAUGCCCCUGAGCCUGGCUGAGAAACGCUGCCUGCGAGAGGAGAGCCGGACCCCGAGGGGCAAGCGGAGGGCCAGGCAGGGCGGCCGUGGGCUCCCCUCCUGCUGCAGUCAGCUCCAGGACAGCUGUGUCCUGGCCUUGCACAACCUGGGGCUGGUGCUGCUCUCGGGGCUGCAGGCCCUGAAGCCUUGGCGCUAUGCCCUGAAGCGGAUCGGCGGCCAGUUCGGCUCCAGCGUCCUCUCCUACUUCCUCUUCCUCAAGACCCUGCUGGCCUUCAACGCCCUCCUGCUGCUGCCACUGCUGGCCUUCAUCGUGGGCGUGCAGGCCGCCUUCCCGCCAGCGCCCCCGGCCUCCGUGCCCGCCUUCACGGGCCUGGAGCUCCUCACGGGUGGGGGCCGCUUCGCCCACACCGUCCUGUACUACGGCUACUACAGUAACGCCACUCUGAGCCAGCCGUGUGCCUCCCCGCCGGAUGGCGGCCAGUGCCCCCCAGAGGCAGGCGGCCUGCCCUACAACAUGCCCCUGGCCUACCUCUUCACCGUGGGGGUUGCUUUUUUUAUCACCUGCAUCACCUUGGUUUACAGCAUGUCCCGCUCUUUCGGGGAGAGCUACCGGGUGGGCAGCACCUCGGGGGUCCACGCCAUCUCUGUCUUCUGCUCCUGGGACUACAAAGUGACUCAGAAGUGGGCCUCCCGUCUCCAGCACGACAACAUCCGAACCCAGCUGAAGGAGCUGCUGGCCGUGUGGCAGCUGCGCCGGGGCCCUCGGAGCAUGUGCUGGCGGCUGCGGCGUGUGGCCGUGCUGGGGCUCGUGUGGCUGCUGUGUCUGGGGACCACGCUGGGCUGCACCGUGGCCGUCUACAGCUUCUCGGAACUCAUGAUCAAGAGCCCAGGGUCCACUGAGCGGGAGGGGGCGCUGCUGGCCCUGCCCCUGGUGGUCUGCCUCCUCAACCUGGGGGCCCCCUACCUGUACCGCGGCCUGGCUGCCCUGGAGCGCCAUGACUCCCCGGUGCUGGAGGUGUACGUGGCCAUCUGCAGGAACCUCAUCCUCAAGAUGGUCACCCUGGGGAUCCUUUGUUACCACUGGCUGGGCCGCAGGGUGGGCACCCUGCGGGACCAGUGCUGGGAGAACUUUGUGGGCCAGGAGCUGUACCGGCUCAUGGUGAUGGACUUCCUCUUCACAUUGCUGGACACACUUUUCGGGGAGCUGGUGUGGAGGCUCAUCUCCGAGCGGACACUGAAGAGGAGGGGGAAGCCUGAGUUCGACAUUGCUGGGAACGUCCUGGAGCUGAUUUACGGGCAGACCCUGACCUGGCUCGGUGUCCUCUUCUCCCCACUCCUCCCCGCCAUGCAGAUCAUCAAACUGCUGCUCCUCUUCUACGUCAAGAAGACCAGCCUGAUGGCCAACUGCCAGGCGCCCCGCAGGCCCUGGAAGGCUUCCCACAUGAGCACCGUCUUCAUCUCGCUGCUCUGCUUCCCGUCCUUCCUGGGCGCUGCCAUCUUCCUCUGCUACGCUGUCUGGCAGGUGAAGCCCUCGAGCAUCUGCGGCCCCUUCCGGACCCUGGACACCAUGUAUGAGGCGGGCAAGGUGUGGGUGCGCCACCUGGAGAGGGCGGGCCCCAGGGUCUCCUGGCUGCCCUGGAUCCACCGGUACCUGCUGGAAAAUACCUUUCCCAUCUACUUGGUGUCGGCCCUGCUGCUGGCCGUGAUCUACCUCAACAUCCAGGUGGUGAAGGGCCAGCGGAAGGUCAUCUGCCUCCUCAAAGAGCAGAUCAGCAACGAGGGGGAAGACAAAAUCUUCUUAAUCAACAAGCUUCAGUCUGUCUACGAGAGAAAGGAGAGGAGCAGGGUUGGUAGAACUGAGGCGGCUGCGAUGCCCCCAGCCCUGUUCACAGACGACGGGGACACCUGGUAGGACAGCGCUGGGCCAGCAGCCCCGCACCUGCUCACCUGCGCUCACACAGCCCUGCGGGCACAGAUGCCGACCAGCCGGAGGGUGGGGGCACUGCAGCCCACCUUAGCGGGAGCACCCAGCGGACCCUGCCCCACCCGGGACUCUGUUUAUUCUGAUUAAACAUGGUUUGCAGAA